UCGUAUAUAAAUGAAGAGGCUGCGAACGUCCCCCUUUUAUAACCUCAAAAAUGCGCGAGAAGUAUCACAGUUUUAUGGCGAAGUGAGCUUAAUUUUGCCUUUAAUUGGUGUUAAAGUGAACGGAUUACCAUUAUGCCGUCGAAAAAGAGAAAAUACAAUGCACGGUUUCCGGCUGGGCGAAUCAAGAAGAUAAUGCAAACUGACGAGGAAGUGGGGAAAGUCGCCCAGGCCGUACCAGUCAUAAUACCUCGCACCCUGGAGUUGUUUGUCGAGUCUCUGCUUAGCAAGGCGAUGCAGGUGACAAUGGCGAGGAACGCCAAGACGCUCAGCCCGUCACAUGUUAAGCAGUGCAUCUUGGCCGAGUCCAAGUUCGACUUCCUGCGGGAUCUGGUGAAGAACAUCCCUGACGUAUCUGCUGCUGAGGAGAAGGAGAUGCAGAUGAGUGCUGAAAGUUCACCAAAUUCCUCGAGAUUCUCAGACACAUCAGUGCCCCCGCGCAGGGUAGUGCGCGAAGACUCCAAUAGCUCAAGCAGUUGCGACCUUAAAGUCCUCCCAGUAAGGGACCCUAAAGACAGUUUGAAACGCGCGCACUCCGCCGACGAACCAAGACAAACAGUUACCUCCACCAUCGUAUCUACUGACGCUGCCAUAGACUUAACUACCAAGAAGGAAGAGAAAACAGUCCGCGCAAACUUUUACCAAGAAACCCUCACAGACCAAGUACAACAUAGAAGUGUCAUCACCAUCAACCCUACGUACAACAACCCUCCGCAACCGUCGACCUCUAGUUACGCCAACAUGACGCCAGUGGAACCCAUCCACAGGAUAGAAGCACCAAAGCCUGAAAUUAAACCACUCUACUUUGUAGACUUAAAACAGAAUAAUAACGUGGCUAUGACACCGCCGCGAACGCCGGUAACGCCAAUAUUAAACAUAGACUUUACAAAAAAUUUAACCAACCCCGAAAUCAAAGUUCUAGAUACGGCUGUAGCGAAUAUAGUAGGAGUAAAAGAGAGGCCUAAAGAGAAACUACAGAGGCAAAAUUCCAAGUCGUAUAAGGCUGAAAGUAAGAAGGAGGUGAAACCGCCUCCGAUUGACAUAGACCAUAUAAAUUCGGGCAAUUUGCAAAUUGACGAGGACUAUGAUACCUGAAUGUUCGUUCGUUGGUUCUUUUUUGUGUUUUUUAUAAGUGACAGUACGGAAAAUAAGGUGGAAUUGUGUGAGCAAACGUAAGUGUGUAGUCGUCUCGUCUAUUGUAAAAGUGCACUCAUACUGGAGCUUGUUUUUGAAGAGCGAAGCGACGUUUACAAAGUUUUGUGCUACAAUUAUAACAAAAAAAUAUUGAUUCUUAACAUGAUAGGUAAAGCCGCGUUUCCGCUUGUCAAAAUUUGGUGCGCAACAUGUUGCACAACAUGUUGUUCAAAAUGUUGAAAGUUAGCGCGGAACUUUUGUUUAACAACGUUGUCUGUCUACGCAUUUACUAUACGACCAUCGUCGACAACAUGUCGCCAGAGGAACUGAUGUUGUUGCGCGUCACGUCUCCACUCGACAACAAUUGAUGCUCGACUAUCGAUGAUCGCUAAACAAACAACAAGCCGCGCGACAUGUUGCGCUUCAGCUGGCAACGUUGCGCUUCAGCUGGCAACGUUGCGCUUCAGCUGGCAACGUUGCGCUUCAGCUGGCAACGUUGCGCGUUGUUGUGCAACGUUGCCGUAUGUGUUGAGCGUCAUGUGAUGUGUGUCAAUUGUUGACUAGUGAUUUAAUGUGAAUUACAAACAGAAAAAAAUGUUGCGAAGGUGUCUCAACAAAAAGUAACUCUAGUAGAUGCAUUUCAAGGUAGAAUAGACUUUUAGCUCAAUGUUCUAGAGCUUCUUUUGAUUUGCUUUGCGAUUUCAUUUUAUUUUUUCAACAAAAUAUUUCUUGUUGGUUGCUAUCCGAAUGAAACUGUCAACAAUUUGUUUUACAUUUAAGAGAUUAAUAGGUGGUAGGUAUUGAAUGAUAUAUAGAUUUGGAUGGUCAUCCCCUAAGGGUGUGAAAGAAUUUUCAGAACAAAACAACUAAAAAAUAGGUAAAAUUGACCUUAAUUUCACUAUAAUCUUAUCCUUAUAAAAAAACAGGGGGUGUAAAAUGGCCACAUCGAACCAAUUCAUCUAAAAAAGCAGUAUUGUAAUUUGACAUUUGCGCAUAUAAAAUUAAGUGCGCUAUGCAAACAAAUGUCAAAUAGCAAUAUUGCUUUUUUAGAUGAAUUGCUUCAAUGUGGUCUUUUUAACCCCCAGAUCAUAACAGUGAAAACCGCAUUCGAAUCCAUUCAGUGGUUCUCGAAACUGUACAAAGGUCAAUCUUCCUUUUAUACCUAUUACUAAGUUAUGUAUUAAUUUUGUUUCCUUCGGACAGCAAUCCUAUACCUUAUUGAAUAUAGCUCGAUUGAAAUGACAACAGGGGGGUUAAAGAGGCAACAUCAAAGCAAUUAAUCUACAAAAGCAAUAUUGCUAUUUGACAUUUCUUGACAUUGUGCACUUUUAUGUGCGCAAAUGUCAAAUUACAAUUAUGCUUUUUAAAUAGAUCGCUUGUAAGGGACCCUAGGACAGAAAUAUAGUCAUAGAAUAAAGAAUAAUACUAGAUACAGAAGGGAAACUCCGCUGAGUACUGAUAUGAGCUUGAUUAUCUCUCGGAGUGUUCCGCACUUAGUCUUCUUAAAACGUAACGAGUAAGGCGCACGCGCAGAUUGUCCCGCUCGCACGCAAGGAGGAAACCGGCACACGUUGCAUCUGUGAGUGUGUGACUAAAAUCGUGAUUUUUAUAUGAAGUGUCCGCGUGAUAUAGCACACAGUCUAGUGCGAAAGAGACAAGAGACAUGCCCGUCCUGCUCUCAUUCUAAUGGAGUUAUAUUCAAUGAAGCAUACGUGUCUAGUUACGUUGUUCACCAUUUAUGUAGAUAGAUUUGAAUGUAUGAAUUUGCAACGAUUGUUUUUUUUAAGUACGUACGCAUGUGUGGUUUUUGUUUCACCUUCGUCUGAGAUUGACAAUUUGUUUUUAUUUUAUUUUUCCAUAAAAAAUGGCUUGGGCAGUGCAAAAUUGAGCUUUUUGAUUUAAGUUUUGCAUUGUUUAAGUUAUUACAGGUAAAGGCGUCGAAUUUAAGUGCUGAUUUACACAUAUAUAGCCAAUUUUUAACCGACUUCAAAAAGAAGGAGGUUAUCAAUUUCACCCGUAUGUACGAUUAAAUUAUGGCACAGAAAACCAUCGCAGAAUUCAAUCAUCACGAUAUUAAUUCAACCAUCACAGAAUUCACAGACACCGUUUUUCACAAGAUCCGCUUACUCGACCUGGGGGGUUAAAAUGGCCACAUCGAAGCAAUUCGUCUAAGAAAGCAAUGUUGCAAUUUGACAUUUACGCAUAUAAAAGUAAGUGCGCAAUGCAAACAAAUGUCAAAUAGCAAUAUUGCUUUCUUUGCCAUUGGAUGUGGCCAUUUUAACCCCCCUGAACAUUUGGCAGGUCCGGUUUUUUACAGAGGCAGUCGCCUACCUGACCCUCCAACCAAGGGAAAACUAGCCCAACAAAAGUUAGGUCACAUGCCUGCGAAACGCAUUUCUAGGGUAUAUGGGGUUCUUCACGAUGUUUUCCUAAAUAUGGUAACUCUAACGUCAGUGUAUAAGGGUGACGCACAUCGUUGUCAAACUACAAAAAAAUAUAAUAAUUUCACCAACAGCGGAAGAGACAACGUCGAAUUUCUCUUUUACUCUUGGUGUCUUUCCGUAAUGUUGUCUCGCUUUGAGUGAAAGAGAACAAACAAUUCCCUUCCGCCAUGUUGUGGUCACGUAACACAUUAUACGCGUAGACUAUGCCAAUCACUGUUAUCCAGCGCUUCUUAUUCGUGCCUAUACCUACAUUGUAUUUCUUAGUGUUAUGUAUUAAACGUGUCUAAAGGUGGUCGCACACUUGUCAUUGCGGCAUCGAACACAUGUAUGACGUCAACGUCAAAAACUACAUGAAACAUGACGUCUAUUGACGUCGGCGUCAGAAUAUUUAGACAAGUUAUAACAUCAGCUUCAAACUGUUAAAGGAGUGACGAUCAACCAUAAUAAAGGGAAAAGUAGUAAAAAAAACUAAGGUAAAAAAAAACUUUUAGCGGGCAGUUUUCGUACCUAAUAUAUCGGCGAAAACUUAGUGGCUUUCCUACAAUCAUAGGUAAACUAGCACAUUAGAAAAUUAUCUGUGUAAUGUGGCUUUAUAUUCAAUCAUGCCCUUCAUUACAUAUAAUUGGGUAUUUGACUGGGUCAAAGAUAAGUUAUAAAAUGCUAAAACAGAAAUAUAAGCCAGUCUAAGAUGAUCAAAAAUCAAUCUCAUUUUAUUUUUUGACUUAUGUUCGAAUUUUAUUUAUGAAUUAAGUAACAAUGAUUACGAUGUUUGACCGCUUUUAUUCAUGACGUCAUAGGACACUGUAUUUAUAUACAAACUCCAAAGAAAACUAUCGUUUUGACGUUUGACGUAAAAAGUAUCUCAUUUGACUAGAUUGUCAUGUAGCCUAUAAGUAUGACAUUUGGAUGUUAGGCAUCUUCUGUUGACGUUGGAUCGUAAAACGCGUUGACGUCGCAAUGUACAAGUGUGCGAUCACCGUUACCUUGCAUAAAAAUGCCCUGUUUGAAUGUGAUUUUGUAUGAUUAUCUUAAGUCUUUUUGUUAUCAUUACGAAGUUAUGAUUAUAUUAACUUAAAAAGUUUAAUCUGAUAUUCAAAUUAAAAAGAUUAGCUAGUAUAUUACCCUGGUGAUAAUUUUUGUUUAUCCCAUUACACCAUUGCAUUGUAGAACUGUAAAUGAAGUACUGAGCACUAAAUUGAAACGAGUGUAUGUACACGAUAUAUGUAAAAUAUAAAUUACAAAUAUUACAAGAUCGAA